AUAAAAGAAGUAGAAAACCUGAAGGAGGCAUUAAAAAGAACUAAAGAAGAAUUAUCAAAUCAAAAGAGGCAGACAAUUGAUGUACUGAGGAUUCUUUCAGAAAAUGAGAAAAUCUAUGAAAAAGAUACUAUAUCAAAAGAGAAGGAAAUUAUUGCUCAAAAAGAAGAAAUAUACCGUUUAGAAGAAGAAUUAAAAUAUGUGAAAUUUCAGUUAGAAGAUUGUGACAAAUUAAAGACUGAAAACAAAACCUUGAAAGAUCACGUUGAAAAUUUGAAUUCAGUUCAGUUUCAGUUAGAAGACUGUAACAGAUUACAGGCAGAAAACAAAAGGCUGAAAGAUGAUGUUAAGAAGAUGAAUUCAAUUCAGUUUCAGUUAGAAGAUUACAAUAAAAUAAAGGAUGAACAUAAAAACCUGAAGAAUGAAAUUGAAAAGAUGAAGCCUCAAAAUUCCUCAGUGCAUGUAAAAAAUGUGAAGAUGAUGGAAAAUAAUUUUAAUGUAAAAGGAGCUAGUAAUGAAGAAGAAAUUAAGUCUCGGACUGUACUAUUCUCCAACAUACCUGAGAAAAGAACUUUUGAUGUAGAAUCUUCUGGAUCAUCAGAAAUUGAAAUUAUAUUGCAACAGAAUCUUAAUGAAACCCUAAGUACUGCAAAAAAACGACCCUUACAAAAUCAUGGUGCACAUUUUUCUCAUCGAACUAUGCACAAAGAAGUUACAUCAACACCACUGAAAGAUGUUAUUACUCUUGAAGUGAAGAAUACUCCCAAAACAAUGAAAAUGGAAAAACGAACACCCUCAAAAAAAUUUUCACCUCAGAAUGUGCAAAAAACAUUUACUUCUAAAUCAUUGCAAGAUGUUACUACGAUUGAAAUUAAGAAUUCUCCUAAAACAGUGAGAAUGGAAAAAAGAACACCCUCACAAAAAUUUUCACCUCGUAAUUGGCAAAAAACAUUUACUUCUAAAACAUUGCAAGAUGCGACUACCAUUGAAAUGAAGGAUGUUAAAGCUACUCCCAAAUCACAGAAAUUAGCAGAAAAUAUGCAGUUCCUUCAAACUGAAAAUAUUUCUCCUUGGAUGAAGAACAAAAUGACACCAAAUAACAAACAAAGAAAAUUUUUCAAGACUCCUUUAGCAGAAAGAAGAGAAGCCAGAUACAAAAAAGAAUUUCAAGAUUUUCUGUGAAAAACAGUGCUUAAUUUCAUAAUUUUUUUUAGUUCAUUAACUUGUUCAAAGUCAUAUUAUAAAAAUAUGAUUUAUUGUUUAAGCAUAAAUGUAUGAAAA